AUCUGGGUAUGCAAGAAGCUUUUCUCUACCUACAUAAGUGUGUUCAAGAUGAAAAAGAAGAAGGUCCAAUUGAACUUUGUAGAAGGAAAGAUGGGGAUAACAUUCUACACGCCGCCAUCUCUGGCGAGUACUUUGAGCUGGCUUUUCAGAUAAUACAUCACUAUCCGCGACUUGUCAACUAUUACAACACAGAGGGCAUGUCUCCUCUACACUUCCUUUCCAGGAUGCCUCAAGUAUUCAAAAGUGGCAGCCAUUUUCGGUUCAUAGAUAGCAUUAUCUAUUACUGCAUAAAUAUCGAUGAGCUAAAGCUAAUGACAUAUAAACCUGAAGACAAGGACGACUCAAAACUUAAACUCGGUAGUUAUCUCCCAGAGAACUACCAAACACUGGUGGAGUUCUUGGAACUAAUUCGGUAUCAGGCUCAGAAAUUUCGAGGCCAUCAAAGUUAUCGUCAAAAUGAUCCCGAGAAUCCCUCAAAUAAAGAUACUACUAACAUGAAUCAAGACAAGAUGUCUCAAGACCAUCAAAGCGAUUGUCAAUAUGAUCCCGAGAAUCCUCCGAUUAAAGGUGAAUGCACAAGCAUGUGUAUACUGCAGUUGAAACUAGACCAUCAAAGCGAUUGUCAAUAUGAUCCCGAGAAUCCUCCGAUUAAAGGUGAAUGCACAAACAUGUGUAUACUGCAGUUGAAACUAGCUAAAGGGAAGAUAAACGGCAAAUUGUUUCCACCCAAUUACAGCAUCUUUAUCGAGUUUCUCAAAUGUCUAAUGAAGAUUGUGCUAAUUGUAUUGGGUAUUGGACUCCAAAGGAUUAAAAAAUUAGAGGAAACAAAAAAGAAAAAUAAAAGGGGAGUUCAAAUUAUGGAGUUGAUGAUUAAGAAAGAAGAACGUUACAAAUUCAAUAAACGUACUGGGGAAAAGCCAGAAGAUAGGGACCACCAUAGUCAAGUCCUUGCACCUCCUACAAAACCUCCCCCAAUAGUUGAGGAUGAUGAUAAAGAGGACGAAGACCAGAGAACUUCAAGCACAGAUGAGAAAAAGAAAGAUGAUCCCAAGUCCGAGUCGUCCAAGCAAACCAAGGAGACAACCUUAUUAGAGGAGGCAUCAAGGAUGGGUAUUGUAGAGAUGGCAGAGAAGAUCCUUAAAAUUUUCCCAACAGGCAUUCAAGAUACGGACUCUAAAGAGUUGUCCAAACCGACCAAGGAGACACCCUUAUUAGUGGCAUCAAGGAUGGGUAUUCUAGAGAUGGUAAAGAAGAUCCUUAAAGAAUUCCCAAUAGCCAUUCAAGAUACGGACUCUGAAAAGAAGAACCUACUGCUUUUGGCUGUAGAGCAUAGGCAAACAGAGGUCUAUAAUUGGUUAAUACGAAAAAAGUAUCCAAAGCACGUGUUUUAUCAGGUGGAUAAAGAAGGAAACAAUGCGCUGCACCUAGCCGCAAAGUUCCAGAAGCUGGAUGUGUGGCGCAUCCCUGGUUCCGCUCUACAGUUGCAAGGCGAAAGGAAGUGGUACAAGUAUGUCAAGCAAACUUUGCCACGACAGUCAUAUGUUCGUUAUAACAAGAAAGGUCAGACACCAAGACAGGUCUUCAUAGAGACGCAUGCAACGUUACUCAAAGAUGGAACUGAAUGGCUCGUCAAAACCGCCGAAUCAUUCUCUGUCAUUGCAGCACUGAUUGCUACAGUUGCAUUUGCUACGUCUUCCCAAAUCCCAGGCGGUCCCGAUGACAGUGGCUAUCCACACUUUGAAAAUCAACCUGCUUUUGACGUGUUCUCUGUAUCAUCACUUGUUUCUCUUUGCUUCUCUGUCACGGCCCUGGUGUUUUUCUUGGCUAUCCUCACAUCUCGAUGCCAACACAAUAAAUUCGAGAAAGACUUGCCAAGAAAGUUGCUCCUUGGAUUAACUUCGCUUUUUGCAUCAAUAACCACAAUCUUGAUCUCAUUCUGUGCUGCCCAUUUCUUUGUCCUCCGUGAUAAGUUCAAGAAUGCGGCACUUCCAAUAUAUGCGGCAACAUGCAUACCCGUGGUGUUUUUUGCAUUAAUUCAAUUCCCUCUCUAUGUUGAUCUCAUAAGGUCAUACAUCCAAAAGCGGCCUCUUCGUAGCUAUAAGGUGUUCUAUACAGAUUCCUCAGUAGCAGAUCAGAAGAAAGAAGGUAAAGAAAAGGAGGACUAAAACAGAGAGAAAUUAUGACAAGAGCUGAGCAUUGCGCGGUUUCCUACUUUAGUUCCAAAUAAGACUGGGUUGUUUUGUGUUAAAAGAUGACAAGUUCAAGAAAGGUUUUUAUUCGUCGAGAGGACGCGAGGUGGAGAUAUCAUUUUUCUAUGUAUCCUGAAUAAACUUACACUUUUUGUUGCAUGAUUUCAUAUACCUUGUUUUCUAAAUGUUGUUUGAUAAUUUAUGUGGCCUUAAAGGAGUCUUAGGGAACUUAUCAUAUCUAGAUAGCAUGAAAAAGGUAAUAUCCUAUUUGUAAUCCUAUUGAAUAAAGAAAAAGAUCAGCUUUUCAAGGAUCAAUUUUUAUCCAAA